UCCACAGUGUGUGGGAAGCCAAAGAUGGUUGGGAAGGUGUUCGGUGGCCAGGACACAUUGGCUGGCCAGUGGCCAUGGCAGGCCAGUCUGCUGUACCGGGGCUUGCAUCUCUGUGGAGCUGUCCUCAUUGACUCCUACUGGCUGCUUUCUACAGCCCACUGCUUUCGAAACAAAUCCCAGGCCCCAGAGGAUUAUCAGGUACUGUUGGGGAAUACUCAGCUGUACCAGAAAACAAACCACACUCAGAAGAUGCCUGUGAACCAUAUCAUCAGUCACCCGGACUUUGAGAGGUUCCAUUCCUUUGGGAGCGACAUUGCGAUGCUGCAGCUGCGACUCCCCGUGAACCUCACAUCCUAUGUUCUACCUGCCUGCCUCCCAUCCAGAGACACACAGCUCGCCAACCACACAGCCUGUUGGAUAACUGGUUGGGGAAUGCUUUCUGAAGACACAAAACUGUUACCACCAUUCUCACUCCAGGAGGGUGAGGUGGGCAUCAUAGACAAUGAGUUCUGUAAUGCCUUGUAUGGGCGCACACCAGACCAAAGCCUGAACUAUAUUCAUGAGGAAAUGCUAUGUGCGGGAGGCCUCUCCACAAGAAAGUCCAUCUGCCGGGGUGAUUCUGGGGGACCCCUCGUCUGCUACCACAUCAGUGCAUUUGUCCUGGUAGGACUGGCUAGCUGGGGCCUGGAGUGCCGGUAUCCCGUUUACCCCAGCGUCUUCACCAGGGUCCCCUACUUCACUGACUGGAUCAGCCAAGUCAAGAGACUCACUCCCCUUCCAGAACCUGAAUCUCCUCAUACAGAACUCCAACCCAGGCCUCUGAGGGCUGCUGGCUCCUCGCAGCCCUGCAGUGGCCUCCUAGCUGCACAGAUUUGGUCCCUGCUGCUAUUUAUCCCCAAGGCUCCACAGUAGGCUCCAGGUGAGCACCAGGCCUUUAAGCUUUCUUUGCUCAGACUUCCCUAAGCUACAGCCUCCACUCUUUAGUUUACCGUCCACACAUUUUCCUCAGCAUAUUUGGUCACUCGCUGCCACUACCCAAACAAGCCUAGAAAAGCCUACCAAUAAAGCCUCAUCUUCCCCCAGCUCUGGUUGCAAUGCCUUUGUAGGCUUCCCAUAUCCCUCAGUGACAAGGCUUACCCUGGGAGUGAGCCAUCGGGCCUUGAAAGGGAGAAGAUGGAGCUUCUCAAGAAAACACUCCUUGAGGAAAAGGCAGGGAAAUGGGGGCA